UGGGUUUAACACAUGGAGCGACAACUACUUUCAAGCAGCACGAUUUAUUUUGAAGGAGAUUUGACGGAAGUUUGGCCUUUAUUCGCUGUGUGUUCAACACAGGCGAGCCAAGAUGGCGGAGUACCUGGCGUCCAUUUUUGGGACAGAGAAAGAUAAAGUCAACUGCUCUUUUUAUUUUAAAAUUGGUGCAUGUCGUCAUGGAGAUCGCUGCUCCAGAUUGCACAACAAGCCAACCUUCAGCCAGACUAUUGCCCUACUGAACAUUUACCGGAACCCUCAAAACAGUGCCCAGUCUGCUGAUGGUCUGACCUGUGCCAUCAGUGACAUGGAGAUGCAGGAGCACUAUGAUGAGUUUUUUGAGGAGGUUUUCACAGAGAUGGAAGAGAAAUAUGGAGAAGUGGAAGAAAUGAACGUUUGUGACAACCUGGGGGACCACCUAGUAGGGAAUGUGUAUGUGAAGUUCCGCUAUGAAGAGGAUGCUGAGAAGGCUGUGAUAGACCUGAACAAUCGGUGGUUUAAUGGACAACCCAUCCAUGCUGAGCUUUCACCAGUUACAGACUUCAGAGAAGCCUGCUGUCGCCAGUAUGAAAUGGGGGAGUGCACUCGUGGUGGCUUCUGUAACUUCAUGCAUCUGAAGCCCAUCUCGCGUGAACUGAGGAGAGAGCUGUAUGGACGCCGGAGGAAGGGCCGUCACAGGUCACGGUCUCGAUCGAGAGACAGGCGAUCUCGCUCAAAGGACAGAGGUCGUGGAGGUGGAGGUGGAGGUGGCCGUGACCAUGAUAGACGCCGCUCCAGAGACAGAGAGCGUUCGGGACGAUUCUGAACCACAAGCCAUGUCUGAUCAUCCCUCCCUAUGUCUAUUCACAUCUUUUUCUUUUUGUACCCUUUUUGUACCUACGUUUGUACCCAUUCAGAUCUGUUUUAGGGGUAAUUGAAAGGUACCCAUUUUUAAAGCUGUGACAGCAUUGUUUUUGUUUUCCUGGUUCCUGAAAAUGGCUUUCACUUCAUUAAAUUGAACAUUUUUACUUAACAUGAUUGUUUCGAAUGUUAUGCAGAAAAUGUCCAUGCUUAAACCACCUGCCUCUGUGAGUGAGAUUAACAAAAACAAUCUACAAUUGCUUUGUGUUGAACCAGAAAUACCAUCAAAACAUUUUGUUACCUUUAUCAAAUACAUUUUUGGCUUAAUAAAAGUUAAAUAACUAAA